GUAUUGCUAGAGUGGAUUGUGAACUCAGUGGAUGAGUGCGAGGGAGCGAGCAACGCCAUUUUCUCGAUUCGCGGGUGAAGACUGUGCGCGGUGUGUGAAUCGUUUCGUUCAUAUUAUUUACCACGUUUUCGCCUAACGACGUAGAGAUCACGGGCUGUCUAUCAGCCCUGGUGCAUUGAUCAGUGUUAUGCGUGGACACGCGGCCAGCUGUAUGGUGGAUAUGAUCUCGCGAAGGCGGUGAGUGAUCUUCGGAGGAAAGGCAGCAGGCGUUCGGCGUGAAGAUGCCGCUUCCUAAACGACUGGUGGAACCGGUGCUAGUCGCACGCGGUACCAUUCCUGACAACUUUCCGUUACCCUCAGAGUUGGAGGCUGUUACAAAUGGCACAUUGGCGAACACCAUCAGGCAAUUGUCCAGCCUGUCCAGGCACGCCGAGGAUUUGUUCGGCGAGCUCGCGAGGGAGGCACACGGACUGAGCGACAGGGCUAACUCCUUACAAGCUAGGAUAGAUCGGCUCGCCGUUAAAGUUACUCAGCUUGACAGUAACGUUGAAGAAGUCUCACUGCAAGAUAUACACAUGAGGAAAGCGUUUAAGAGUUCAGUGGUGUUCGACCAACAAGUCGUUUCUAGGGACACCAUGCCAACGGCGAUGUUGGAAACUUAUCAUCAGUGCGACACACCACCUCCCCUUGAUAAACUUAAUGUUUACAGGGAAGACGGUAAAGAUGGACUGAAGUUUUAUACGGAUCCAAAUUAUUUCUUCGAUCUAUGGAGUCAGGAGAUGCUCAAGGAUACCGAAAAGAAAUUGCACGAUCGAGGGAAAAAGACCGAGUCUGAAUAUGCCGAACCGUUCAGAGAGCCACAUAGGCCUCGGAACGAGGGUGGUGGUGGUGGCGGUGGCAGACAUAAGAAACGUAUAAGGCAACCGCAUAAUACGAGAGAAAGGCAGAGACAGUUAGCUGUUGGCCACGGCGAGUACAUUAUGCCAACGCAAGGUGUACAGUAUAGGACACCUCACAAUAUACCGGAUGAAUCGUUGCUGGGAAUGGUGAUGACCGAGUCACGACCACCCAGGCCAAACAGCAUCGAACUUAGGCGAAGUUAUCCGCCCGAGGAACAACACCUUUACAGUCCACCUUCGUCUGAUCAUUAUAGGGCAGCGAAUUACGUGGCUCAGGGUUACGAGGACAAUUUGUACGGGUCGCACUAUGGCACGAGCCAAGGACAAGCUGGCAGCGAAACGUAUCAGAGUCCUGGUGGGCAAAGUACUCCAAGCAGAGGUGGUAGAUCGCGACCGUCGCAACCACCGCCUGCUCCUCCAAGCAAUACUUCUAGCAAUUCAACGCCCACUGUAGCAUCCGCAAACAAUACCCCGACGCGAGGAAGAUCGAUGAGCACUGGUAGAGACACCCUUCCACCACCACCUCCGCCUCCCGGUGAAACUAUGUCUCCUCCUCCCAUGAAUGGUUCAAUACCAUCUCAUCUAUUGAAUAGGAACGGAAGUCGUUCGAACAGUCCACUACCCAGUCACCACUCGACGCCCACACCACCGAAUCAUUCGACACAGAUAGGAACAGACGAAACAGAUCCCGCUGCUCCUCAAGAUCUGCCGCCUCCACCUCCGACACCCGAUCCGACACCGCCUAGACCUAUUUCCCCGCCUUCUAAUAUUCCACCUCCGCCACCGCCGCCUCCGCCGCCGCCUGUUACUAACGGACCAUCGCCUCCGGUGCCAUUAACUAACGGCGACAUUGCUAAAAUGAUAGCGAACAAUCCACCCAAAUUGAAACCCCUGAAACCCGUGAAGAACAGCGUGGACGGCCAAUUGAGGAAGCCCGUUAAUCCGAACAUCCCCCUCGUCGAUCCGAGAAACGAUCUACUUAAAGCAAUUAGAGACGGAAUAAAAUUGCGCAAGGUGGAGAAAAUCGAACAGAAGGAAGUAGAGCGUGUGAACGCAUUGAACGACGUUGCGUCCAUAUUGGCGCGACGUGUCGCCGUUGAAUUCAGUGACAGUGAUUCUGCGUCGGAAAGCGAAUGCGAUAGCGAAGGAUGGGGCGAGCAGGAGACAAACCUCGCGUGACCCAGCUCGCUCCCAUCUACCGCCUAGAAAAAUGGCUGACGAUUCUUUCACUUGGUUUUGUUCGUUACCAACGAAACCUCGAUCCCCGUUGCCUGACGCACAAGUUAACAGCGUGCUUUGCUCGCGUGAGAUUAUCGAAUACGAAUCAUUCGGUAAAACGCCGAGAAGGCAUCGAACUUGUAAGUAGAAUCCGAGAUCAGCGAGUAUCACUAUAUCAUUGUUUCCGUUGACUUUUGUUAAUACAAAAAGCGUCGAAUCAACGACAAAAACAAUCUGAAAUUUUCAAUUUACGUUCCUCGUCUUAAUGUACAUUUCACUUUCUGUUUUCUACAUUAUGUAUUUUUACAUGUAAAUUAUCAUUUUAUCUUCAUGUUAUUCCAGUCGAUAUACAUUUAUGUUAAUUCGAGCAUGUCAAAGUUGACGAUAUACGAAAAUUGAUGAUUCUCGAUUGAUUUUAUAGUGAUUUCAACGCAGUAUGUAUGCGAAUUGUU